UCGGCUUUCCUUGAUGCCACUGCAGCAACCGGCAGCUGGGAAGGCGCCCCCGGAGCGGGACGCGCGAGUGGGCGAGGGAGAGACCCCGGCGCCCGCUGGGCUCCGCUGGCAGAGUUUGCAAGCGGCCGAGACCCCAGGUAGCAGCCCUGAGCCCUAAUGCUUGAGCAGAUGGAAGCCCGGCGGCCUCUGUUUCCACCAGGUGGACACACCGAGCGUGGCCCCCAGCUGGGAAAGGGGCCGGAAAAUGGCCCUCAGUGAAAUAAUCUAGCUCCAACAGGCUGGAGGAGCCAAGAAAAGACGUGAGCUGCAGUGCUGGUGACUGACAGAAUCCUCCUGUGACUGUUAUUAUCAAAGUUCUCUGGGAGCCUUCUGACGUGAGGAACAAGAUGUAGGAAAAUGGGACUGACUCCUAGGUGUGGGGUCCCUCUUGUGGCUCAAAGAAGCUCACCUUGACCUCAGGAGGGCUCCGUUCUCUUGGCAUCAGCCAAGCAUCAGCUUCACGGAAAGAGUAAGACUCAGACCUCCGUGGGUUCCAUCCCUAAGGGAGGCCCCCUCCAUCCCCUUCCUGAAACCCCCCACCAGCGACGCCCCAGCGAGCCAGUCCGGAAUGAUCCUGCUAUGGCCAAGCUCUGGUUCAAAUUCCAGCGGUACUUCCGCAGGAAGCCUGUGCGUUUCUUUACCUUCCUGGUGCUCUACCUGAUGGCUGGGAGCCUGGUCUUCCUUCACUCUGGCUUUGUGGGCCAGCCUGCCAUCUCCCAGAGCCAGGCCAGCCCCGCUGUGGGGGUCCAGGCCGAGGGCGCUGAGCUGCCCUUCUUGGGUGACCUGCAUCUGGGCAGAGGCUUCCGGGACGCAGGGGAAGCCUCGAGCAUUGCCCGCAGGUACGGACCCUGGUUCAAGGGCAAGGACGGGAGCGAGAGGGCCAAGCUGGGUGACUACGGUGGAGCCUGGAGCCGAGCCCUCAAGGGAAGGAUCGUCCGGGAGAAGGAGGAGGAGCGAGCCAAGUACAUCGGCUGUUACCUGGAUGACACCCAGAGCCGGGCCCUGCGAGGCGUGUCCUUUUUCGACUACAAAAAGAUGACCAUCUUCCGUUGCCAGGACAACUGUGCAGAACGGGGUUACCUGUAUGCCGGGCUGGAGUUCGGUGCCGAGUGCUACUGCGGCCACAAGAUCCAGGCGACAAACGUGAGCGAGGCGGAGUGUGACAUGGAGUGCAAGGGCGAGCGCGGCGGCGUGUGCGGCGGCGCCAACCGCCUGUCGGUCUACCGGCUGCAGCUGGCCCAGGAGUCUGCGCGCAGGUACGGAAGUGCCGUCUUCCGAGGCUGCUUCCGCAGGCCCGACAACCUCUCCCUGGCCUUACCCGUGACAGCCGCCAUGCUGAACAUGUCCGUGGACAAGUGCGUGGAUCUUUGCACCGAGAAGGAGUACCCACUGGCGGCCCUUGCAGGCACCGCUUGCCACUGCGGGUUCCCCACGACGCGGUUCCCCCUUCACGAGCGGGAGGAUGAGCAGCUCUGUGCCCAGAAGUGCAGCGCGGAGGAGUUCGAGAGCUGCGGGACUCCCCGUUACUUCAUCGUGUACCAGACACAGGUCCAAGACAACCGCUGCAUGGACAGAAGGUUCCUCCCAGCCAAGUCCAAGCAGCUCGUCGCCCUGGCCAGCUUCCCAGGCGCCGGCAACACAUGGGCUCGCCACCUCAUCGAGCUGGCCACCGGCUUCUACACGGGCAGCUACUAUUUUGACGGUUCUCUCUACAACAAAGGGUUCAAAGGCGAGCGGGACCACUGGCGCAGCGGCAGGACCAUCUGCAUCAAGACGCACGAGAGCGGCCAGAAGGAGAUCGAGGCCUUCGACGCCGCCAUCCUGCUCAUCCGUAACCCCUACAAGGCGCUCAUGGCGGAGUUCAAUCGCAAGUAUGGCGGCCACAUCGGCUUCGCUGCGCACGCCCACUGGAAGGGCAAAGAGUGGCCAGAAUUUGUGAGGAACUACGCCCCCUGGUGGGCCACUCACACGCUGGACUGGCUCAAGUUCGGCAAGAAGGUGCUGGUGGUGCACUUUGAGGACCUGAAGCGGGACCUGUUCGUCCAGCUGGGCCGCAUGGUCAGCCUGCUGGGCGUGGCCGUCAGGGAGGACCGGCUGCUGUGCGUGGAGAGCCAGAAGGACGGCAACUUCAAGCGCUCGGGGCUCCGGAAGCUCGAGUACGACCCCUACACGGCAGACAUGCAGAAGGUCAUCUCCGCCUACAUCAAGAUGGUGGACGCGGCGCUCAAGGGGAGGAACCUCACGGGCGUUCCUGAUGACUACUACCCCAGAUGAUGCCCCGGGUGGGGAGGGGGCCCCCGGAGUCCCGACCCAGCAGGGAUCUCAAGACCCCUAGGGACGUCCCCCCACCCCAUCUGUCCUGUCUCUUUGGCUUGGGUACAAUCCCCUUGGCUGCUGUUGGCCUUCAGUGAGUUUCCUGCAUGACAAAGGAGGCUCGAGGGAAGAGACUGGGCGCUCCCCACACUAUUCACAGCCCCCCUUGGAGACGGAGGGGGCCCCUGGUUUGGAGAUGUCUCAGACACAUGGACCCUUUUCUGUCUCCUCUGCCCCCACCCCGACCACUCUGGGCCCCACCUGUGGGAGGGAGGGCCAGUGGUGGCCCUGGGACAUGGGUGUCCCACUGCAGAUAUCAAGGACCUUGACUUAAGAGCUGGCUGAAGGGACUGUAGCAAGAGAAAAUGGCCCCAGAAUCUUCCCUUCUGGGCUGAGCAUUCAUGGCCUCUCCCCCGCCCCCCCUUCUCAGACCCUCCAUCCCCAGAAUCACAGGCACAAACACCCAGGCCGCUUAGGCUUGAAGAAAGGCCUCACACAGCCUGGGUGGGGUGCAGAGGCCAUGAUACUCACAGGACAGUAACUGGCACCACCAUGUGGGGGGUGCUGGUGUCAUGAGCCCACCCCCUGGUCACAGCGCUCCUGAGAAACCAUCGGGGUGGUUGACCACUUCUAGGGCCAGAAUUCUGCCCUUUUCUUCCCCUGCUAUAGCCAGAAGGUGACCUUGGGGUUUUUGAUGUCACUUCUAGAGCUUCUCAGGUGUCAACAGCCCCCCACCAGGACGGCCACAUGCAGAAUGUUAACACCGCUCUCUGUUGCGCCCAACACAUUGAUUGACACUGCCCUCUGACCCCUUCAGUGGGUCCUUUGCUAUCCUAGGUGAGAGAGCAGAGUGCUCCCACUCAGGUGGGGCCAUGACCAAGAGAGACCCCCUACCACCUUCCCAGACCAUUGACCUUCCCUUGGUCAUAGUCCAGUGGGGCUGGCCUCCCUUGGAAGGGGAAUGGUUCAUUUCCUACAGGCACUGCCCCCUUGGUGGUAAGACCUCAAACCAAAGGAUUCUCAAGGACCUGGGUCACUAAUUACCUUAGAAUGCAUCCAGGACCCAUCCGUCCCCCACCUCGGAUACCAGCGGCUUCACAUCCAGCCCACACCUGCGCACCUGUCCCAUCCCCUACCACGUAGAUGCAAAAGCCAUAGGUCACAGAUCUUUGCUAUUCUGUCUGGAGCAGCGCCCCAGUCAGCCCCUCUGAAGGCUCGGGGUGCAGGUAAAAUUGCUUGUUCCCAAAUACCCAAGAGACUAUGGAGAAGGCGCGUGUAGAGAGAUAUAUUUUUGUAAGAGGAAUAGAACUAAUGCGUUCUGCCCCUUGGCCCCUGGCCACGCGAAGAGAAGGGCUUAGGGACUGGGCCUGCGGUUCUCCUCGCUGAUCCACUCAGCAGCGGGAUUUGGGCCAAUGCAGGGCCCAGCCAGGGGGCCCCGAAUGUAUUUUGUACCAUGUUUCUUCCCCCCAAUCCAGGCUAAUUUCUAGUCUUUUGAGAAGCAGUCAAGGGCGUGCCCCCCCAACCCGAUGAGAGAUCAGCGCUCUCUGGGGCGACCCUUGGUCCAAGAGCUGGGCCAGCUCUGCCAGUGGCCACCUUAGGCCACAAGCCUCUGUCUGAAGAUUCCUCAGGUCAACACCAUCAUUAAAAGCGAGUUUUGUUGAUUAUUCUA